UACAGAUGACAAGUUUAUUAUUCGAUAUUUUCGAGCGUUUUAUUUGUCGCACGAGAUAAAGCUCAUUCAAUGAGUCAUUUUACUACAUAUCUCAAUACAGAUAUAAUCAUAUAGAGCAUUGUUUCGCAAUGCAUUAUAUAUCAAACCAGUUGAUUGUGAUAUUAUUGAACAUACAACAUUUAAUAUUUAUACUUCCAUACAGAAUCAACGACUGGAAAUUAUGGUAGUCAGUAAACAUUCACGUAGAAAUGUGUAUGGAGGAGUUAAAAAUAUAAACAUAAUUAUUUGAUAGGAUAUAUAUAUAAUCUCAUAUUUAACAUUCCCAUCAUGGAUAGUUAUGAUGAUGAAUCAAAGCCGAUUUCAGGUCCAAAAUUACAUAUGUCUGCGCCUAAAAACAUUUUCAGCGAGAUUUCUGCUCUUGAUAUAACAGACAUGCCUAAUGUUGUUAACAGCACUUUGCAAGAUGGGGAAGAGUUGGUUGAUGAAAAUGAUGAAAAAACAGUUGCUUAUGAUUUGGAAUCAAGCAAUCACAAAUUGGAUAUUACAACCAAAAGUGGGGGAUCAGACAUUUCAGGCGUGGAGCACCUAGGACCAAAGUGGAAAAUAAAAAUUGAAGAUUUUCUGGACAAUAAGAAAAAAGAAAAAUCGUUUAAGAGCGAAAAUGAAAUCGAGCUUGAAAAUACAGCAAAACAAAUGAAUCAAAUUGAUAUUGAAUCAAAACCAGAAAACCCAAAGGGUGACACGAUCACGGAGCAAACAAGCUUUACCGAAACUGCACACAACUCAUUUGCAAGUAUACAAAAUGUUAACGAAACAAUCAAACUUGCGAUUACAAAUGACUUGUCCGACAACACCAAUAAAGCUCCUGAGCUAAAGCUGUCUCCACGUUCUAUAAGCUCCUCUAAAUAUGAGAUGGACUUCUCCGAAGUGGUCAUGCCACCAAAGGUGCAAGAGAAGGCGGACAUUUCAGGCGUGGAGCACCUAGGACCAAAGUGGAAAAUAAAAAUUGAAGAUUUUCUGGACAAUAAGAAAAAAGAAAAAUCGUUUAAGAGCGAAAAUGAAAUCGAGCUUGAAAAUACAGCAAAACAAAUGAAUCAAAUUGAUAUUGAAUCAAAACCAGAAAACCCAAAGGGUGACACGAUCACGGAGCAAACAAGCUUUACCGAAACUGCACACAACUCAUUUGCAAGUAUACAAAAUGUUAAUGAAAUAACCAAACUUGCGAUUACAAAUGACUUGUCCGACAACACCAAUAAAGCUCCUGAGCUAAAGCUGUCUCCACGUUCUAUAAGCUCCUAUAAAUAUGAGAUGGACUUCUCCGAAGUGGUCAUGCCACCAAAGGUGCAAGAGAAGGCGGACGUGUUCACACCUGAAGACUCUUGGAUCCGGGUGGCGAUUCCAUUUCUUCCCCUCGGCGUUGCCGUCGUGUGUCUCCUGAUGAAUAUAGUCCUGCCGGGAUCUGGUACAAUUCUAAGCGGCAUUUGCAUAUUUUGUUGCGCAACGCCACGAAUUCCUUCAAAGUAUGACCAGGACAGCGCCGCCGUUUGCUGUGUAAAUGUGCUAGUGGGCAUGGCUCAAUUCUUCACCACGACUUUCCUACUGGUUGGAUGGUUUUGGGGCGUAUCCUGGGGAAUCAAGAUGAUACAUCUUUCGUUACAAAGACGACGGGAACUAGCAGAUCAAAGGGCUAUAGAGUUGAAGACAAUGGCUAUUAAAGCUUUUAAAACAAGUACACUAGAAUGAAUUUAAAGCCUGCGUUAAGAUACCUGACCGUUUGACUCUGAGUAAUUUUUUGACAUUGUGGUGAGAUUAUUAAAUACGGAAGUAUUUACUUACAUUUAAUGUUAAUGUGAUAUCAUUUUAAAAGUAACUAAAUGUG